AUGAGUAUCAAAACCACAGAAACCCAUUUUUCUUUUACAGAUGACCACUCCAGAGUAGUGUUGAAAGGAGACACAAAAUAUGAUUAUAUAAAUGCAAAUUACAUCGACAGCUAUCAUAAAGAAAAGGCAUACAUAGCUACACAAGGUCCAAAAAGAAAUACUCUUAGAGAUUUCUGGCAUAUGGUUUGGCAGGAGAACGUCUGCAAAAUAGUGAUGGUCACCCAACUGGAGGAAAAUAGAAAAGCAAAAGAAAAACGAAAGGUUCGCCAUUAUCAUUUUACUCAAUGGCCUGAUCACGGUGUUCCAGACAGUAUAAAGCUGGUGAAUUUCUACAGGGCAGUCAACAACAAUAACCGUGAUCAGCAUGGACCACUUUUGGUACACUGCAGUGCUGGCAUUGGCAGAACGGGGACAUUUAUUGCUAUAGAUUCUUUAUACGAACAUGGAAAAUCAGUUGGUUAUGUCGAUAUCGUGGAAUAUGUGAAGAUUAUGCGGAGGGACAGACUGAAUAUGAUUCAAACAUUUGAACAAUAUGAGGCUGUGUUUGAAGCAUUGCAAGAAUUGUUCACCGUGCCAGACACAUCUAUUCCAGUGAAAGAUUUCUGUAGAUAUGUUGACGAACAGGACAAUGCGACAAUUCCACAAAACCAAAAGGUGUACAGAUUAGAGUUUCAGACAUAA